AUGGUGAGUAAGGAGCCCAGCAAAUGCUUACUCACCGCCUCGGAAAGCGAAGUGGAACCCGCAGCGUCGCUGGCGCUGGAGAUGAAAUACGCGCUGGAUCCCAACCGGCAGAUUAAGAAACGCAACAAAGCCCUGCAGGUGAGGUUCAAGGACAUCUGCGAGGCCCAGAAUGAGCAGCGGGACAAGCAGCUCUCCACCACGCCGGAUCCUGACAAGAGGGAAGCCAAGGCCCUCUCCUACAAAGCUGCGUAUCGCAAGUACAUGACGGUGCCUGCCCGGAGGUCGAUACCCAACGUCACCAAGAGCACAGGAGUUCAGACUUCCCCCGAUCUUAAAAAGUGUUACCAGACUUUUCCUCUGGACCGGAAAAAAGGGAAUAUACUUAAAAGCGCCUCGACCGGCGACACCUUUAAGGGUCAAAACAACGGGUUUCUACUUGACGUCAAGGACAAAGACAGCAGGAGCUCAGGGGAGGCCAUCCAGUGGAGCAGGAAGGCCAGCAGCCUGCAGACGGCGGAGUUCAUUUCCCACAUCCACGAGCGCCCCAACACGGGAUCUCGGGACAACGGCGCCGAGGCCUGGCCAGGCAGUGAUUUGCACAGCCCUCCCAAAGAGUCUCCUCUUCCUCUCCCGAACUCAGCCGAUCCCGCUGCCGAGGAGGCGGCGGCGGCCCGGCCGCCCAGCCGAGGGAAACAGGUGCCAGGGCGGCCGGGGAGCGAGGAGGCUGCGCAGCCCCUCCACGGGAGGGUUUUCAAGACUGAAGUGGCCUCCGUUUAUUCACCAGCGGCCGCUUCCAACGCCUCGCAGCCCGACCUGGCGGCCGAGAGCGACUGGGCGCCGUGCCCGGCAGCCGAGGAGGACAAAAAGAGGAGGGUGCAGCUGAACGGCGUCCAGCCCCAGGCGGGAGAUGCCUGGGCGUGCCCGCUGCGGGCGCAGUGCCGACCCGCCGAGUGCAGCCCGCAGACCCUGCAGAUCGACGUGGCGCCCAUGGAGGGGAACCAGCCCUGCCAGGCGGCCGUGGCGCUCAGCAAGGAAUGCCAACAAAUCGUGCCUCACACCGAAGUUGUGGACUUGAAAGCCCAGCUUCAGAUGAUGGAAAAUUUGAUCAGCUCUAGUCAGGAAACCAUAAAGGUGUUGUUGGGUGUCAUACAGGAGCUAGAGAAAGGAGAAGCUCACAGAGAAGGGCUUUCAUAUCGGACCGGUCAAGACACGGCUAAUUGCGACACGUGCAGGAACAGUGCAUGUAUUAUCUAUAGUGUGGAAUUGGAUUUUAAACAGCAAGAAGAUAAACUACAGCCAGUUUUGAGAAAACUUCAUCCUAUUGAGGAAACUCAGGUUGCACCUUUGCCUUAUUCUCAGGAGAGCUACUCCUCCACUCCCAAGCAAAAAUCCAAAACUGAAUCAAAAAAGCAUGGAAGAUGGAAACUCUGGUUCCUUUAA